AUGUAUGAGAUAAAGAUUGCAGGAGUGGUUGUACAGGCCGUCACAGGGGACAUUACCAAAGAGACUACGGACGUCAUUGUCAACUCCUCCAACUCCUCCUUCAGCCUCAAGUCAGGUACUCUUACCUCUAUUUAAGAUCAUACACUUGGAAACGUAGCAAAUAAUAGUAAACAAAAAGGUACAUAUGGGUUAGUUUUGGAUAAAAAAAUAUUGUCAUAUAACUGAUAAGAGCAUCAAACCUGACAUGUCUUCGCGACUGAAUAUUGUAUUAACCCAUUGAGCUAGCUUUAACCAGGCAUAUUUUAAAAUAAAAAUGAAAUAUCCCUACUGUACACCACUCCAGGGGUGUCUAAAGCCAUUCUGGACGCGGCUGGUCCGACUGUGGAGACUGAAUGCCAACAACUCGGUAAGAGCCUCUACCCCUGACAUCAUAACACAAGAUAUGACAAUCACAGGAUUACACUAUACUUCUCUUUCAUCUGGGUAUUUUACUCCUCCUGGUUUUCCAGUGGUAAACAACAUUAACUCUGCUUUAGGAAGCAGAUUCACAUGGCCUGGGGUGGCCUAGCUAGCUGUCUAAUGCACCUAUUUGUAAGUCGCUCUGGAAAAGAGCGUCUGCUAAAUUACGUAAAUGUAAAUGUAAUGCUCCGUCUUCACACAAUCAGGCAAUCAAACGCAAUGUUUAGCUCUGCCCGCUCCCAGUUGGGUGAUACAUUUCGAGUGAAUCACGAGCAGAGUGGUUUUGGUAGCGCGUCGGACUUCCUCAUUCAAACAAACGACUAGGAACAGCUACAAACCAAAACCAUGUUUUGUAUUAAAACUAUCAUGAAACCUUAAUUAUGCUACAAACAGUGUCGGUGGCGUUUACUGUGAGAAGCUUGCUAACAUUAGCUUCUAAAAUGGAUAGCUGGCAUAAACAGCUAAUCUAGCUAGAUUGAUAACUUGUACAUUACAACCAAAGAGAGUGAACAAGAACAGUUCCAUGAACUGCCACGCCAAUUGUCUUCUUCUUCUUCAAUGAGGUUUAACGGCGGUUGGCAUCCAAUUUGUUGCAUUACCGCCACCUACUACACUGGAGUACAACUCCCUUAUCUUUCCUUGAAAAAUAAAAUAAAACAAAGCAAAGAAAUAUCCUACCAUGUAACACUACACUCACAACUUCAAAACUACUACUAAUAAUUAACCCCACCCUUCUCCACUAUUUAAAUGUACUCACUCCUACCUCAUGCCCUCAACCUGAAAUGAUGGCACAUCACCACUUAACACUCCCUGUAACUCUUCUGCUGUCAUGUCUCGCACACCCAAAUAUCUCUCUGGAGCUGCCACCACAACCUCAAUUUUCUUCGAUUUGCGUUCCAUCCCUGCAGUACAAUUAAUAACCAUUGCUAUAAACGCAAAAAAAAACAAUCUUACUGAAACAUAUAUCACUUGCUUGCCUAUCCCACUGUACUGGUACAUAUCUACUACUCUCACCACUCCCCCCCCCCCCCCCCUUGACCCCUCUUCCUCUACUUUCUUCACUGCCUCCGCAUAUGACAACUUCUUCUCUACUCUUACCCUGGAAACCUCAACCUGCUUCUUUCGCACUGGACAUGUCUGAUCCCCAGCCCCAUGGCCACCCCUACAAUUAGCACAUACCACCACUUUCCCCACUGCUUCACACUCCUUAGUCUCAUGCCCUUCUGCACACUUCUCACACCUUGGAAUCUCCCUCCUACAUACUGCUGCACCUGUAACAUCGUAAUGUACUCGGCACAUAAGCUCGCACAGGAUAACUUCUAUAUCCUAACUUCACUUUAUCAGGCAAAGACUCAACUUCAAAACUCAAAAGAACAGACAAUGACUCUUCUGUUUCCCCACUCUCGCCACCCUGUUUACGUCGCACCAAACGACGAGCAUCACACACACCGGGAAUCAUCUCCUUCAGUUGAUCCACUUUUAUAUUUACUGCUACCCCAGUAAUCACUCCUCUCAAUGGCGCCCUUUUCUAAGAGCGAAACAAUUCACAUUUCUUUCCCCCAUUUGUUUAACUCUGAGCACCUUCUCCCUCUGACCAACAGAAACACAAACAAUUCUCACUAGACCACUUCUGGUUACCCUCACCGAUUCCACUAUACCCAACGCUUUUUUCAUCCAUCUUGAAACCACAAAUGGAUCAGCCAAAAGGCAAGGAUCCACUUUUUCCACAAACUUCACUCCUACUGUCACAGACUCAUCUUUAUCCUGACCCUCUGCGCAAGCCUCAACACACCUACCACCUGUCCGAGCACUUCAACACACCUACCACCUGUCUUCAGCUCACUUUGCUUACAUUUCCUACCACUCUUCUUUAACAAACCUUAUCCCUUUUUCCCGCCAUUUUUUACAGACUCAAACUCAGUCUUCCUCCCUCUCUCUCUUAGACCUCCUCUGCCUCUCUUUUCCCCUCCAUUCCUCCUCAUUCAUCCAAGUAUACGUCUCCUUAUGAUAAUACUGCAUUUCUUCUGUUUCUUGCCUUCUCAAAGGACUCAAUUUUCCCCCUCCUUUCCCUUCCGGCCUCACAGUCCACAAUGACCUCUUCAUUGCUUUCCUCUUCUGAUCCGCUGUCCUUCUCUUCUGAAUCACCAUCGUCUUCCGAUCCCUCAUCCGAGCUGUUAUCCUCACUUUCAGCAGGAUUUUCUCCCAUUCCAACUGCUCGUCUUUUCGCUGAAGAAGCCAUGCUGCCAAAACAGAUACCACGCUUACAGGGCUGCCUACCCUCCCGUGGUAUCCGACUCAUUCCAUAUCACUUCUAAUCAGCAUCCACCGCAGUCAUGACAUGUUCAGCUACUUAAUGCAUUGGCUCAAAUCUAGGUUGUGCAUUUAGGUUUCGAGUAAAUUCACAACUAAGGAAGAUUAUUUUCACUCUCCCAUUGAAACCCCGGUCUGGUCUGUUUGGUCUGCUUCGCGUGUAAUAGCGGUGCAUGGGUCAAAUCAGCCAAUCCAGAAAAAAACUAUCCAGAAAAAAAAACAUAUGACAAACUACACUGUAUGUGAUGUAAUAAUUGCGUUGUUUGCUCAAUAACAUGUUCGUUCAUAUCCCUUGCGACAUUUACAUUUACAUCAUUUAGCAGACGCUCUUAUCCAGAGCGACUUAGAAAUUGGUGCAUUCAACUUAUGAAAGCCAGUGGGACAACCACCUUUUUAAUUUUUUUAUUUUUUUAUGGGGGUUGGGGGAAGAAGGAUUACUUUAUACUAUUCCAGGUAUUCCUUAAAGAGGUAGGGUUUCAAGUGUCUCUGGAAGGUGGUCAGUGACUCCGCUGUCCUGGCGUCGUGGGGGAGCUUGUUCCACCAUUGGGGUGCCAGAGCAGCGAAUAGCUUUGACUGGGCUGAGCGGGAACUGUGCUUCCGUAUAGGUAGGGGAGCUAGCAGGCCAGAGGUGGAUGAACGUAGUGCCCUCGUUUGGGUGUAGGGUCUGAUCAGAGCCUGAAGGUAAGGAGGUGCCGUUCCCCUCACAGCUCCGUAGGCAAGCACCAUGGUCUUGUAGUAGAUAUAUAGGCCUAAGGUCGAGACAAUAAGAAUACAGUGACAACUAAAAGACAACUAAAAGAUACCAAAAACUAUUUAGUCCAAUCAACGUAAGCUAAAUAUGGUGGCUGUCCAUGGGACUGAUUCCUGUGUAAAUGGUGCGUGUGUGCGUGCGUGCAAGCAGAAAAAACAUGUUGACUCACCCUACUUGUAGAGAAAUGCCAAUGCCAUCCCUCCUUUGUCAUGUUGCCUAAACAGUCUGUGACUCUGUCAUACGGUACACGCUUUUAGUUUUUGUUAAUCUAGGCUAACUGGCUAAAAUACUUUGCUUGCUAGCCUAACUUCCUUUCAUGGGCAACGAUGCGCUAGGCUAGCUAGUUAACAUUAGCAUACUACAUCUAGUUACAUGUUAAACUUCCAUCCUCUCAGGCCAGGGGCACAAUGUAUGCAUUUAUGGUUGGAUCAGAAUCACCGUUAUCAUCAUUGGCCAGUACGGAGAAUUAAGUAAAACCACAAGUCAAAAUCCCUAUCUCCAUCCAUGGUUAAUUUAAGAAAGGGACGAAGUUGGCUAGCUAUCUAGCCACCGGAGGACAGCAACACAACGAGAUGCAACAAUUCAAGUUUUUUUAAUGUCAAUGAUGACAUUUGGCCUGUGAUGUGAUUAGUCUGACGCCAAAUCCAAAAUGGCUUCCCUUUGAUACCUUUUUUUGGUGUGCCAGGACCAUUCACAGCUGAGCUCACUGAGCUUAGCUCAACACUGAUUGGCUAUUAUUUAUAUUAUUUAUUCCCUUAGCAUCCAUGAAUACACGCCACUGUUCGUGUGCAUCCCUGGAAGUAUUGGCCGCUUGAACUUUGGUUUUAAACUCUGUGUUACAAUUUAAGCUAAUAGAGUCCCACAGUGGAGGUGUCAUAAUAUCCAUAAAACCUAGCGGUCAAACAGGGAAAUGGUGCCAAUAGUUUUUCCACCAUUCAAUUUUCCCAUAGAGGAUUUUAGAAACACUUAAAAUAAGGGCUGUGUUUCAUGUAGGCUUACCCUGGGGUGACGUUUUGAUAACCAUGUAAAUCUCUCUCGGACGAGGUAACUUUUAUGAAUUUAUUUGGCUUUAUUUACUCUCAUGUUCGAAACUUCCAAUUAGCGUCAAAGUAGAAAUCAUAGAAGACUACAAAUCCCUGCAAGAUCGUGCAUGUCAACUCUAGCUGACACCUUUGCUAACAGGUAUUGUGUCAAUUUAAAACUUGCACAAGACAGUUCACAGAAUUGUCAAUUUAAAGAACGUUUGCCUAUUUAUUAAUUACUACAUUUAUCUAACAUUAGAUUGUUAAUCCAGAGAUUCUUACCUUUGAUUCGGCAGUUUUGUCCAGAUCAUAAUGGCAUUUGUAGUUUUUAUGACAGCCAAAUUAGCAGCUAAUUAGCAUUUCAUUUUUGGGGGGUAAAUAUAGGCGAAUAUAUUGAUAAAAGUAACCUUGUCCUAGAGAGAUUUACACAGUUAUCGAAACGUCACGCCAGGGUAAGCCUACACGAAACACAGCCCUUAUUUUAAAUGUUUCUACAAAAAAACUAAGAUAAAAAUGAAUGGUGGAAAAACGAUUGGAACCAUUUCCCUGUUUGACUGCUAGGAUUUAUGGUUAUUAUGACUCAUACUGUUGCCUUGAAACAAACCAGGAUUCAUGUUAGCCUAUAAUGCUAAUCAUUACAUUACAUUUACACUUUUGUCAUUUAGCAGACACUCUUAUCCAGAAAGAGUUCAUUAGUGCAUGAGAUUUAAGCAAAUUUCAAUCCAUUGCUAUUCUAGUACACUAUCUUCACCUAAUUUUCUUGUCAGUCUUUCACUGUCCUAUUCAAUAAACAUGAAAUAAGCAGGAAAUUAUCGAUUUGCUCAGUUUUUUACAAUAAAAUCUACAAUGUAUAUUUUCAGGAGCCCAGCCUAACAAAGGCAUGAUAAUGACAAAGCCAGGCAACCUGCAGUGUAAGAAGAUCAUCCACCUGGUUACCCAGACAGACACUAAGAAUAUCCAACAGUCUGUCGAAGGUGCACUCAAAAUGUGUGCAAAGAAUAACUUCACAUCCAUAUCUUUACCUGCUAUUGGCACGGGUAAGUUACGAAAACAGAGGGAAAGAGAAUGUGAGUUACUGAAAGGAGACUUUAGUCUUUAUACAUUAGUCAAUGACAAACUUUACAGUAGACAUAAAGCUGUUAAGAUUGUUCAAUCUCAAAUCCUUAUUUGCAAUGUGUGCCAACUAAAGUGUCCUGUCAUUCAAGGCCAAGGCAACAUACAGCCGAGUGAAGUGGCAGACGCCAUGUUGGAUGCUGUUGUGGAAGUGGUGGGCAAGAAGUCCCAGAACUCCCUGAAGCUUGUCCGAAUGGUCAUCUUUCAGCCUGCCAUGCUUACUGAUUUCCACACAAGUAUGCUUAAAAAGAAAGGCACUGACGUUCAGGAAAAGGAGGGCUUCUUCCAAAAGUUUAUAUGUAUGAGCUACUUUAUUUUCUAAACUUUGAUCUACAGUACAUCAUUUAUGGAAAAUAAAGUCAUGUUUACCAUUGUACUUAAUAGUAAUAUUUACUGUCAUUUAGAGCUGUAAAGACGAUUGGAUGUAAUAUACUGUAAUUAAGUUAUCUACAUAUUCUUACAGCAUUCGUUACCGGUAGUAAAGUUGAUAAUGCACAACAGAAUGAAGUCAUGGAAAUUGAGAGCCAUGACAUGGAUCCUGCUUGCUUUCACAUCUGCGGUGUGUCGCAGGCCCACGUAGACAACGCCAAGCAAGUGAUCAAGGGCCUGAUUGUGAAAGAGCAAGACUCCAUCCUCAUCAUUGACAAAGCCCUCUUCAGCCUAUCAGAAUUGGACCUGCAGCACAUCUUUGACAUGCAGACCGCCAUGGACGUGAGAAUUAGUCUACACAACUCUUCCCAGAAGGAGGCCAAACUCACUGUAGAGGGCCUCAGCAAAGACGUGCUCAAGGCUUCCAAUGAGAUCCAUGAGAUGCUAAAAAAGGUCCGGCCAGAAGAGGCUUUUAAAGAUUUACCCCAGCACUGGGAUGAAAUGCCAGACAACACUUCAUGUCUGUCAAUCCCCACUCAACCUGAAACCCAAGAGCAUAUUGAUGUCCUUAAACUUUUUGAGGAUACUUGCAAGAAGAAUGUUCUAAAGGUCUCUCUUCUCCUAUUUUCCCUAGUAGUUACAUGUAUAUUUAUUUAUUGUACAACUAUCUUGUACAAGUCUGUUGAGAUGUCAUGGUUGGGUCUGGAGAAUGGAAUGGUUUGUACAUACUCAGGAAUGGGUUGAUAAAGUACAAUAACCUUUUCAAUUUAAUUGAACUAGAUAGGUUCAAGCAUCACAGCUUAACAACAUUAUAUUAGGGAUUCUGGGACCUCUUUAUGGUAGUGAAAGAUCUUUAUCACAGUCUAGCUAGCCAAUUAAUGUGUAAUGCAAGGUUGUUCUUCACUCAGAUUGAGAGGAUCCAGAACCCAAGCCUAUGGGGGGCCUUUAAGAUCAAGAAGAAAGACAUGGAGGUCAGGAACCGUCACCAGAACAAUGAGAGGAAGCUCUUCCAUGGAGCCUGCCACACAACCAUAGAUAAGAUUAACGAGCUUGGCUUCAAUCGGAGCUACGCUGGGAAGAAUGGUAAGUAAUGGCCAACACCAAAAGAGAAAAGCUAACACGACUCAGGAUAUGACCCAGAUGCAGACACAGGAGACGGAAGGUUCAAUACACAGAGUAGUUUAUUAAACCACAGGAGGCAGACAAAGGGCGGGUCAGGGCAGGCAGAAGUUUGUAAACCAGGUCAGAGUCAGAUAGGUACAGGAUGGCAGACAGGCUCGGGGUCAGGGCAGGCAGAAUGGUAUGGCAGGCGGGGUCAGGGUCAGGGCAGGCAGAAUGGUAUGGCAGACAGGCUCGGGGUCAGGGCAGGCAGAAUGGUCUGGCAGGCGGGGUCGGGGUCAGGGCAGGCAGAAUGGUAUGGCAGGCGGGGUCAGGAUCAGGGCAGGCAGAAAUGGUCGGAACCAGGAGGACUAGAAAACAGGCACUAGAGAAAACAGUAGUAUGGAAAAACACGCUGGUUGACGAGACAAGACGAACAGGCAACAUACAAACAGAAAACCCAGGUAUAAAUACACAGGGGAUAAUGGGGGAAGAUGGGAGACACCUGGUGGGGGGGUGGAGACAAGCACAAAGACAGGGGAAACAGAUCAGGGCGUGACAAAAGCCAACAAUUUGAGGUUUAUUUCUGUUUUAAUGUUUGAAUUCUCAUACUUUCUUGUGUCUGAAUUAUUGCAUUCCGAUCAUAGAGCUCUACUAGAGAGCUCAUCUCCUAUCUUGGCAAUGGCCGCUUCUGUGACAGCAUGGGCAGCGCCAUUGAGGGCUAAUUCCAUUUUAAAGUAUUGUCUGUUCAUAAAUAAACUGAAAAAAGGUGCAUACCACCACUGUGCUGGACUGUAAAGUCUUAAAAGGUAUAAAGCCAAGUUUGGUGAUUUACUGUCUGGCACCUGCACUUAUGGAAUAUUUGCUCAGGAGUGUAAUUUAUUGGCUACUUCUGGGUGGGACUAUGCUGAAACAGGCUUUGGACCAAGUGCACCCUUUAUCCAACUUUAUGAUUCUGAUCUAGCUAUUGGCAUGAUGUUUUUGCACAUUUCUAUUGAAAUGCAAUGAGCUUUCUCCUGCUUUUAAGCAUUCUAUUUGUACGAGGCAGUACUCUAGAGUCUGCAAUGAUUUAAAGGUUUAGAGAAUUUCAUAACUAUUCCAAAAUAUUUUUUGCAGCUGCAUUGCAUGGAGACGGCACCUACUUUGCUGUCAAUGCAAAUUACUCUGCCAAUGACACAUACUCAAAACCGGAUCCCCAAGGGCAGAAGUACAUGUACCUAUGUCGAGUUCUGACUGGAGAUUUCACAACAGGAAAACAGGGAAUGAAUGUACCUCCAUCUAAAGACACCACAACUAUUCAGCUCUUUGACAGUGUCACAGAUGGUGUGUCUCCACCAUCCAUGUUCAUCAUUUUCCAUGACAGUCAGGCAUAUCCUGAGUACUUGAUCACUUUCAAGUAG